CUCUAUAAAUAAUUUUUUGUAAAUAUGGAAGGAGGAUCUCCACUUUCUUAUACUCCAACUGCUGCCGUUAAGCACCCAGCUCCAGAUUUUGAAGCAACCGCUUACCAGGAUUAUGAGUUUAAACAAGUCAAGUUGUCUGAUUUUAGAGGAAAAUAUGUUCUUUUGUUCUUUUGGCCAAUGGAUUUCUCUUUUGUUUGUCCAACAGAAAUCAUUGCCUUCUCUGACGCUGCUAAGAUUUUCAGAGAGCAUGGAUGCGAAGUUCUUGGGGUAUCUACUGAUUCUAAGUUUACUCAUAUGGAAUUUGACAUGAAACCAAGGAAGAAGGGAGGACUAGGAGAAGUUGAAAUGCCAUUGAUCUCAGAUAGAUCCCACAAAAUCUCCAAGGCUUACGGAUGCUUCAUUGAUCACGGAGAAUAUGAAGGAAGCGCCUUCAGAGCCACUUAUAUUAUUGAUAAGGAAGGUAUCUUAAGACAUAUCUCCAUCAAUGAUACUCAGAUUGGAAGAUCCCCAGACGAAUUUAUUAGAUUAGUUCAGGCCUUCCAGUAUGCUGAUGAGAAUGGAGAAGUGUGCCCAGCAAAAUGGAAGCCAGGAGAUCUUGCUUAUGCUGCAAAGCUUGGAGAUAAAAACCACAGAAAGUAUCUUGAGAAACAUGAAUAAUAACUAUAUCCAAGAUUCCGCAACAA